GGGUUAUGUGUAAUGCAUCUCUUUCUCAUCUGACAGUUAAUGCCCCGACCGUUUUCUUCCAUUUCUUCCAACUUCUAGCAUUUUUUGAAAGGCUUCUUCUAGCAUUAUUCCAUCAAUUCCAUUUAUGUAAAAUAUAUUAUUAUAUAUAUUGACAAUUCUUUCUUGGACAUGAUAGUAUAUUAGUAUAUGUUGUUCUGAUUGUGGGUUCUUGAGGAGAUGAGAGAGAGAGAAAUGGAUGUGAUGAAAUGUGCAGAAACAAAGAUUGUUAUGGUACUAUUAUUGUGGCUGCUGGUGGGGUUCAUCAUAUUUGGUGCAGCAGAGGGGGGAGAGUACAACUACGAGAGCAUGAAGUACAAGGACCCCAAGCAGCCUCUGGAAGCAAGAGUUGGAGACUUGAUGAAGAGGAUGACCCUUGAGGAGAAGAUUGGGCAGAUGACUCAGAUUGAGAGGAAAGUUGCCACUUCUCAUGUUAUGAAACAAUUCUUUAUAGGGAGUCUUGUGAGUGGAGGAGGGAGUGUGCCAGCACCUAAGGCAUCAGCUCAGCAAUGGAUCAACAUGGUUAAUGAGUUUCAGAGAGCUUCUCGAUCCACUCGCCUUGCCAUUCCAAUGAUUUAUGGAAUCGAUGCUGUUCACGGCAACAAUAAUGUUUACAAGGCUACCAUUUUUCCUCACAAUGUUGGGCUUGGCGUUACCAGGGAUCCAGAAUUGGUGAAAAGGAUUGGAGCUGCAACAGCACUUGAAGUUAGAGCCACUGGAAUUAAUUAUGCUUUUGCUCCUUGCAUUGCAGUAUGUAGAGAUCCGAGAUGGGGUCGUUGUUACGAAAGCUAUAGCGAAGAUCAUAAGAUUGUGCAGAUGAUGACUGAGAUUAUUCCCGGUUUACAAGGAGAUCCCCCGCCUAAUUCUUUGGGGUUUCCAUUUGUUGCAGCAGGAAAGACAAAAGUUUUAGGAUGUGCCAAACAUUUUGUCGGGGAUGGCGGUACAAUAAAGGGCAUCGACGAGAACAACACCAUAAUUGACAUGAAUGGUCUCCUAAACAUUCACAUGCCAGCUUACUAUGAUGCAAUCAGGAAGGGUGUUGCAACUGUUAUGGUUUCAUACUCGAGCUGGAAUGGCAGGAAAAUGCAUGCUAACCGCGAUAUGAUAACUGGAUUCCUCAAGAACAAGCUCAAGUUCAAGGGGUUUGUCAUUUCAGAUUGGGAAGGCCUCGACAGGAUUACUAGUCCCCCUCAUGCUAAUUAUUCUGACUCUGUUAAAGCAGGAGUUCUUGCAGGAAUUGACAUGGUAAUGGUGCCAUCAAAAUAUGCAGAAUUUAUUGAUGAUUUAACUUCCCUAGUGAAGAACAAGGUUAUCCCAAUGAGUAGGAUUGAUGAUGCAGUGAGACGAAUAUUAAGGAUUAAGUUUAUGAUGGGUCUCUUUGAGAAUCCAAUGGCAGAUCCCAGCUUGGCAACUUAUCUUGGGAGGCAGGAACAUAGAGAGCUGGCAAGGGAGGCAGUGAGGAAAUCCCUUGUACUGCUAAAGAAUGGCAAGACUACUGAUCAGCCAUUACUGCCACUUCCUAAGAAAGUCCCAAGGAUCCUUGUGGCUGGAACUCAUGCUCACAAUCUGGGUUAUCAAUGUGGAGGCUGGACCAUUGAAUGGCAGGGCAGUCGCGGCAAUGAUCUUACCCUUGGAACCACCAUUCUAGCAGCUGUGAAGAACAAUGUUGAUCCAUCCACGCAGGUUGUUUACCAAGAAAAUCCACACCCCGAUUACAUCGAAUCCAACCAAUUCUCGUACGCCAUUGUCGUUGUUGGCGAGGCUCCAUACACAGAAUUUGCUGGGGACAGCACAAACCUCACCAUAAUCGAACCCGGCGGCAGCGUCAUCAAUAACGUCUGCGGCGCCGUGAAAUGUGUGGUGGUCGUGGUCUCCGGCCGGCCGGUGGUGAUGGAGCCGUAUGUGGAGAGCAUUGAUGCGCUCGUUGCUGCUUGGCUGCCGGGAAGUGAAGGGCAGGGCGUCGCCGAUGUUCUGUUCGGUGAUUACGGGUUCACCGGAAAACUUGCCCGCACUUGGUUCAGGACCGUCGGUCAACUUCCGAUGAACGUCGGCGACCCUCAUUACGACCCGCUCUUUCCGUUUGGGUUUGGGCUCACGACUGAACCGGUGAGUGUGAUUCGAGGGCCGGCCGGAGGGGUUUCGGUUAAAUGACUUGGUUGCCCUGCUUUGCCCAGGGAUUGUUGUUGUUCAAGUCUUCAAUUGCCACAACUAUUAUGUGGUGUUGUAUUUCUACAUGUUAUACUAAAUAAAGUAUAUGCAUAUAUAUUUUGGGGGAUUUUUAUUGAUUUUUGGUUCGGUUUGAAAUAGUUUGAAAGACAGAUUACCAAACAAAAUUGCCGGUUCAACUUCGAUUUCAUUUGAUUUUUCUUAGAUUUGGUUUGGUUGAACACAUUUUAGAACAAAUAUUAUGAAAGUCAAAUCAAAUUGAAUAUGAUUG